AUGUUCUCUCUUCAUUUUGCUCGCUCUGCUGUUCUCGUCUCCGACGACGUCUCCCCUGCCUCCCCGGCCGCCGUUUCUCCCGCCCUCUCCUCCUUGGAGACUACUUUCGGUGCGGGAACACAAUCCUGGCACGUUGUGCUUACAUCUUGUGGCAUUGUUGUGUUCUUGGCCCUGGUGGUCUGCCACAUUGCUUGGUUCCUUCAUUGGAACAAUAAUCGAUACAUCCCACAACAAGCCCUGUCGGCCGAUGCCUCGCUGGCAACCCGCCAGCAGGCUCUAACGAUGAGGCGAGAAUCUUGGUUGGGUCAAUUCCUGGCCCGCUACCGCCGCCAACCCUCGGCCGUGAACCCAACCACGGCGUCACCCUCGGCCGUCAACCCACCCACGGCCGCUACCCCCAACCCCGUGCAAGGACCUGUCCUUCCUCCGACUCCGGGAGACCAGGGUCAUACUACGGAAUGUCAGGCCGGUCCUCAUUGA